AUGAUGCUGUCCAGAGCUAUUGCGCGCUCGGCGCGACUCCCGCCUCUCCAGAGGACAACCUUGUCGGCCUCAGCUUUGGCGAGAGUAACCACGCCGGCAUUGUCGCUCUGGUUGCGCGGAAUGGCAAAUAACAACCGACCUCGAGGCUACCCGACAAACAAAGGCCCAGCUCAACAAGGAGCUCCCAGCACGAAACCUUCGAGCGAACCCCAGCCCCCCCAGCAGCAGACACCCAGCUCAGAUCCCACUACAUCUUCACCCUCGACAGAGCCUUCGACACCGCCCAUCGAAGUCCCUUUAUCAUCUGCAUCGUCGGCCGAACCAGCAACCUCAAAACCCGACAUGAGCUCACUCCCCGACCUAACGCAAGGAAUCCCAUCGACCCUCGAAUUCGAGAGAGGUGGCACUACCAAGGAGUCGGAGUUGAAGGAGUCGGAGUGGACUGCCCUCGAGGAGGCACCCGAGUCGCAGGGUGGGGGUGGUCGAGGUAAAGGGGAGCUUCCCGCUUCAGCAUACAUGAGCUCGACGGAAAAGCGGAGGAACAAGUUCGCCAAUCGCAUGUAUGCCGCUGCGCUCGCGACCACCGUCGUCGGAUUGGCCUACCUUGGCCGUGACUGGGAUGAGGAUGAAGCACCUAUGCAUACGGACACACCUAACGGGUGGUCCGUCGGCUUGUGGUGGAAGCGUGCAAUGGCGCGUCUCUACGACGUCACAAACUACUACCGUGAACCUGCCUUCGAGAAGCUGUUGCCCGACCCGGAUCCCAUGUUCGAACGACCCUAUACUCUCUGCAUCAGUCUCGAGGACAUGUUGGUGCACAGCGAAUGGACACGAGAGCAUGGUUGGAGAGUUGCAAAGCGCCCCGGCGUCGACUACUUCCUACGCUACCUUAGCCAGUACUACGAGUUGGUGUUGUUCACAAGUGUUCCGUUCGCUAUGGGAGAACCCUUGGUACGAAAGCUGGAUCCGUUUCGAUUCAUCGUCUGGCCGCUGUUCCGAGAAGCGACCAAGUACAACGAUGGUGAGAUCGUCAAGGACCUGUCUUACCUGAACCGUGACCUGUCCAAGGUCAUCAUCAUUGACAGCAAAGCCUCACAUGUCCAAAACCAGCCCGAGAACGCAAUUGUCCUUCCCAAGUGGACUGGUGACCCGAAGGACAAGGAUCUCGUGUCGCUGAUCCCGUUCCUCGAAUACAUUCAUACCAUGCAAUAUAAGGACGUGCGUGAGGUGCUGAAGUCAUUCGAGGGGAAGGACAUCCCCACCGAGUUUGCGCGCCGUGAAGCGAUUGCGCGCGCCGAGUUCCAGAAACAGGUCAAGACCGAGAAGAGGUCGCGAUCAUCGGGAAUGGGCGCUCUGGGCAGCUUGCUUGGGUUGAAGCCGAGCAACAUGAGCAUGAUGGUUCCGGUCGAGGGCGAACAAAGUCCAUCUGAAGCCUUCGCGCAGGGCAAGAUGCUGCAGGACAUUGCGCGCGAGAGGGGCCAGAAGAACUACGAGCUGUUGGAGAAGGAAAUCCGGGAGAACGGAGAGAAGUGGCUCAAGGAGGAGCAGAUGGCCCAGGAGAAGGCCCAGGCCGAGGCAAUGACCAGCAUGAAGUCCUCGUUCAUGGGCUGGUUCGUGCCGUCCGGCGCAUCGCAGGACCAACAACCCAAGAAAUAA